UACUUUACAUUGUUCUUUGUGCUCACGCAGACAUCACACAGCCACGUUAACCACACGCAGACAUGUGAUUUGGGAGAUUCACAGAAAGACGCAGUGAAGAAAAAUCAGCUGAGGAGUUUCACAUAAGAGUGCAUCAGAGCCAUUAUGUGCAGGAGGUUCAACCGGUUAACCUGGUGAGGAUGUAUUUGUGACUUUCCUGCUUUAGUGUUUGAGCUCUUAAGCAACACUUUGUGCUGUGUGAGGAGGAAGAGUUUGUUGAGAGAGAGUGAGGAUUGCAACAUGUGGAGAAGUUGUAAGGAAAAAAAGGAGGGUGACAGAAACUGAAAUGAACAAGCAGAUGAUGCUUCACAGUCCGGUUAAUGGCACCACAGCCAUCCCGUGGAGGAGCAGUAAGAGGAGGCUGUCGCUCCUGGAUCAGCUGAGGGGUUGUCAGGAGGUCUGGUGCCCCAAGGCUCCCUGGGAUACAGAGGAGGCCCACACAGCCAUCUGUGGAACACCUCCAGGGAGCUUCCUGGUUCUGAGGGACUUGAAGACGUCUCUACCCAGGCUUCUGUGCGUGUCCGCAGGAGGAGACAGUGGAGCAGUCUUGGAUUACAAUAUCAAAUGUACAGACACAGUGUUCCAGUUAGCUGAAUCUCGUCUUUCUUUCUCUGACUUGACUCAGCUGGUGCUCUUCUACUCACUGAGUAGGGAUGUGUUGGCCAUCUGUCUGUCUUUUCCUCAGUGGGUCUACAGUAUAACAGAGCAGAACAAAGAGCGCUUGUCUCAGCUUGAACCCAAAACAUGGUUGUGCAUGAUGGCUGACGUGCCUAUGGAUGAAAUGACCAGCAGAGAGCUGAAAACUGUCAUGUGCUCAAUACAGCUGACUUCCACUAGUGGCGCCCUGUGUGUCAUCAAUCCGCUCUACCUACGGGAACAUGGUGAUGAUUGGCUGGCAGGCCGGUCAGCCGGCCUUCAGUGUGCCACACAGCUUUCCGGUUUCAGAAGAGAGAGACGCCUCAGCAGCACAAGAUGUUGGGCAGGGGCGGGGUUACAACCAAAACGAGCCAUUUCAUUGGACCAGGAAACUGAUACAGCCAAAUCAGACAGCACAGGUCUAACCAGAGCUCAGUCAGCUGAUUCGCCUCAUUGUGCCCCACCUCCAACAAUAUCAGCUUCCCUGGGUGAGUUGUCCCACAGAAGGUCCAGCCAGGAUUCUGCCUCCAGCAUGCAGAAAACUGUCAGCCAGGAGAGCUUUGCUUCAUCCACUUCCUCCAUCCUUGGAGGUUCCUCCACUCUAGUGUCUGAGGUGCAGCACCACAGCAGCCCCGUGCCUCAUUCUCCACACAGAGUCUCCUGGAUUGAAGAUGGGUUCUGGCUGCCCCCACCCAGGUUAUCUUCUUUACUCCAACCCCCAUCAGCGGAGCUUGAUUCACUGUCGAUUAGCAGCAUUGAAGAAGAACAAGAGUCCCAAGUGCCAAGCACUGUCCCUCACCAAAUAUCAUCUCAGCGAUUGGCUGAUAAGGUCAUGUACCGCCUGUCAGCAGUGGGCCAGGCAAUUGGUGGGCUGGUCAGUCAGAAGAAAAGACUGCUCAAUCGCGUGAUGGAGCUGAGCGAGCGGCGAGGCGGGACAUUUGCGGAAGCCGUGAAAGGAUUUGUGGAGAUGACACUGAAGGGAGGAAGUGAUCCUGAUAGAGUCACGGGGUCAGAGUUCUUGCAGGAAGUGAGGUCAUCCCUCACGUUACUGAGGGACGUACUUUUGGACUACCAUGAGAUCCAGUCGAUGUUGGACAGUAUGACUGAUCUAGAUGACUUGGAGAUAGACUCCCUGGUGGAGCUUUCCAUCCACAAAAUGGCUCUGAAGCCUGUCUCUGCCCACCUCUACUCCUGCAUUGACUCCUCCCGGACCCAUGACGGCACCAUGAAGCGUCUCCAGGGAAACCUGCGUGUGCUGGAAGGUAACGGGCUGGAGGAGCUCGGGGGUUCAGCGGGAGUUGGCAUUCCUGAUUCUGCCAGUUUGGAGCGCAUACAGCAGAGGUGGAGCGCUAUGCACGAGGCCUACUCUCCGAACAAGAAGGUCCAGAUCCUACUCAAAGUCUGCAAGAGCGUUUACAACAGCAUGAGCGCCAACGCUGGCCCAGGUGUGGUGUUUGGAGCCGAUGACUUCCUGCCCUGUCUGACGUGGGUGCUGCUCCGUAGUGAUGUAGUUACCAUACAGGUGGACACAGACUACAUGAUGGAGCUGCUGGAUCCCACCCAGCUACAGGGAGAGGGUGGCUACUACCUUACCACUCUGUACGCCUCUCUCUACUACAUCAGCAGCUUCAGGCCGCGUUUGGCUGCUCGUCAGCUCAGUGUAGAAGCCCAGCAGUCCAUUAACCAAUGGCAUCGCAGACGCACCUUGUACUGCAACCAGUCUCGUCGCAGCAAGCACAGGAGGACCAUUCGAAGGCAGUCGAGGAGCUCCAGGGACUGUGAGGAAGAACCAAGUGAGAAAGACAAGGAUGUUGAUGUCAGCGAGUCACAGAAGGAGGUGGAACUGAAAGCAGAGGUCGUGGAGCCUUUGAGCGUAGACAUGGGGGAUGAAGAAAGGGGCGGAUCCCAGUCACAGGAGUCUAGUCCGACAUCAGAAAGCCAACCUCUGAGGCAUGGCGAACUAACGCAAAGCAAACAGGAAGAUGUAAAAUUGGAAGAGAAAGAAGGCGCCUGAAAACCUGAGCGGUCAAAGUGUUGCAGAUGGUAACAAGAAUUUAAAAUUCUCCCUCAUGUUGCCACGUGAACUGCCAUCCACAUCUGUCUUCAACGCAUUCAGGAGACUAAAGAAAGCAGUCGGUGUUAGCUCAUACUCUGUCGUCUCAGUGUGUGAGAGAAGUUUGUUUAUAACCUGUGUCCUUGUUGCCUUUCAGCUAAAACGUUUUGUAAAAUAAUUGAUCACAUUGAUCAACUGGAAGUGUACUCUGUAAAGCUCAUAUCUCC